AUGAAAUUUUAUACCCACAGAGGUAUCAGAGGGACAAACAGAGGUAUCAGAGGGACAGAUAGAGGUAUCAGAGGGACAAACAGAGGUAUCAGAGGGACAAACAGAGGUAUCAGAGGGACAAAUAGAGGUAUCAGAGGGACAAACAGAGGUAUCAAAGGGAUAGAUAGAGGUAUCAGAGGGACAAACAGAGGUAUCAGAGGGACAGAUAGAGGUAUCAAAGGGACAAACAGAGGUAUCAGAGGGACAAACAGAGGUAUCAGAGGGACAGAUAGAGGUAUCAGAGGGACAAACAGAGAUAUCAGAGGGACAGAUAGAGGUAUCAGAGGGACAAACAGAGGUAUCAGAGGGACAGAUAGAGGUAUCAGAGGGACAAACAGAGGUAUCAAAGGGAUAGCUAGAGGUAUCAGAGGGACAAACAGAGGUAUCAGAGGGACAAACAGAGGUAUCAGAGUGACAGAUAGAGGUAUCAGAGGGACAAACAGAGGUAUCAAAGGGAUAGAUAGAGGUAUCAGAGGGACAAACAGAGGUAUCAGAGGGACAGAUAGAGGUAUCAGAGGGACAAACAGAGAUAUCAGAGGGACAGAUAGAGGUAUCAGAGGGACAAAUAGAGGUAUCAAAGGGAUAGAUAGAGGUAUCAAAGGGACAAACAGAGGUAUCAGAGGGAUAGACUGA